AUGUCAGCCUCGCCGGAGCCACAGGCGGACCUGCCCGUUGCUGAUCCUGAAGGCAGUGCGGCAGAGGAUGCUCCCCCGGAUCACUUAGCGGCUGCGGAUCUAUCAGAUGAUGAGUCCGUUCUUUCGGAUGUUGACGAAGCACAGUUUGAAGGCUUUGACCCCGCCAACAUCGCUAUCGAUGACCGUCCAGCCCUUGCAAUCGACGAAGAGAACUUAAAACUGAUUGGCCGUCACAAACGCAGACGAGCAGAGGGAGAUGAUGAUUCAUACCGAAAAAAGAAAAAGGAAUACAAACGAGAGAAAAGAAGCCGUAGGAAGCAGCAGGAUAGUGACGAUGCUUUUAGCGGAGGAGAAACUGUAGAGGGGAAGCGCUCAAGAAAGCGCAAGGAAGGUCGAGAAAGGCAGGCAAAAGCGGUACCGGAGAUUGAUGAGGAGUCAUUAGAUCCGGCGACACGUCGCCGUCGUGCCCUGGACCGUUUAAUGGACGAGGCGUUGAAAAAGCCUACUAAACGCCGCGUCAGAAAAGCAGAUGGCAUUGAUCUUGCUGAUCAAGCCGAUGCGGAAAUUGAAGACGUCCGCCGACGUAUGACUGACGCAGCGAGGCUCGACAGCAUUGCGCGAAAAGAGAAUCGACCUGCACAAUACAAACUGAAAAUGCUUCCAGAGGUGGUUUCGCUAUUGAAUCGCACUCACUACGUAAACAGCUUGGUGGACCCCGAAAUCAACCUUCUUGAGGCUGUCAAGUUCUUCCUUGAGCCCUUGGACGAUGGCUCUUUGCCAGCAUACGACAUACAACGAGAAUUGUUUGCGGCAUUGUCCAGGCUCCCGAUUACAAAAGACGCACUGAUCGCUAGCGGCAUCGGCAAAGUAAUAGUGUUUUAUACCAAGAGCAAGAGGCCACAGGUUGGAAUUAAGCGUCAAGCCGAGCGACUCCUUGCGGAAUGGACACGGCCCAUUUUACAAAAGAGUGACGAUUAUUCCAAAAGGAUCUACGAAGAAGCUGAUUUCGAUCCAAGCCUCCUCACCGUGCGCAAGCAAGUCACCGCAGAAACCACUGCUGCCGAAGUCCGUGCCAGAGCAUUGCUGCCGCCUCGCUUGGCGAAUCGUGCGCGCGCUGAAGGCGGUCACACCUCCUACACCAUUGUCCCUCGCUCUGUUGCCGUGCAGGAAAGCAAAUUUGCGCGCCCACUAGGGGCUAGUGGUGAGGAUCGCUUUAGACGUAUGAAAGCCAGGCAAGCCGCAGCUAUGAAAGCAUCAAGGAAAUAG